AGAAGACUGGGCACGCUUCUGGACGCGUGACGUCUACACUCACGUUUUGCUCAAGGCCCUCUGAUUACAGCAACUUCCCUGCUUUGAGGUCAUUUUUGAAGUAUCAACUGUUUCCCCUGUUAUGCAUGCACAUAACCUCGAAAUAAUGGUGUAGCACAUUUUUAACUAUCUCAAUUUAUCUUCAAGUCAUGUCACAAACGUCAAUGGGAUUCACGGAUCCCCAACAACAACAACAGCAGCAAGGGGCUCAGGUACAGUAACGUAGCUAGCUAACAGUAGCUAACCGCUAGUUAGCAUUCUGUGGAUUAGUUUGCUAACAAACGUUAGCUAGCUUGCCAAACAAAGUUAAUCCAAGCUAGCCACAACAGCACUUUUUAGUCGUUAACUCAAACAUGAGUAAUUAGCAAGUUAAUCAAGUAGUACUGUAGUAAUAAUAUCGGCGAUAACGCUAUUAUGUGAGGGAAAGGUAUUUUUCUAUCUAACUGCUAAAGUUAACAUUUCAACCUCUCCAGUCUCCACUCACUACAGUAGACGACUGGCGUGUAUGUAGUGCAGUGGAAAAGCAGAACACGGCAGAGUUUACUUUAAUCUGCUAUGUAUAUGAUAUCUAGGUAAUUAAAAUAUCUACAUUUCUGUACGCUGUUGAACAGGGUCAAGUUGGGGCACCCUACAUUCCCACGGAGGAGGAGAAGAGAGUGUUUCGGGAAUGCAACCAAGAGAGCUUCUGGUACAGAUGUAAGUCAUGCUACAACAUAAGGUUGUGUUCCAAAUAGCACCCUAUUCCCAAGCCCUUGAUCAUGACUCUGAUUCAUUACAUUACACAUAAGUCAUUGGACGAAGGCGUCUUCUGUACGGGGAGUUUUAAGAGCCUUGACGCUUGGUCUAAAUAUUAACAUGCAUCGCUUGCAGUAUGGAUUUGGAAGCAUAAAAGCCAAUUUAUGCUUGUUCUGGCAAUGCAAUGUGGAGGUUCCAUGCCUCCGGAGGCUUGCGGAGGCCAAAUCGAGCUCCGUACUGCAUCGCCCUGCGCCUCCAAAAUGUUGUAACAAUGCAGAGGGCUCCGUAUUAGAGCUCUGCUACCCGACCCGACGUGCACCGACAUUACAAAUGGGGUUAAGGCUGGGUAUCAUUAAAUGUAUCACUAACAUUUUGAAGCUGAGCCAUUUGCUCGUUCUCUGUUGCACAGUACAGUCAUAUGACUAAAAGGCUCUGCAUGGCCAAUCUGACGUCUGCAUUGGCCGUGCAGCAUUUACGGCCUCUGCAGAAGUCAGGGCAUUCAUACUUCUUAAGCUAUGCGGCGCAGAGCUGUUGUGAAGGAAGCGUUUGUUUAUACAGUAACUCACGCCCCCACCUACUGUCAACCAAACAUAUCAAUGCAGAGCUAUACGGCACUCGCCGCAUUGUUACAAAAUUUGGGAGGCACAUAGCGAUGCGGUACGGCGCUCAAUUUGGCCUCUGUAUGCCUCGAGGCUCCGCAAUUGCAUCACACCCUCCAUACUCAGCCUCCGACCACAUUGACGGAUCAAGCAUACAUUUGCUUUAAGAACAUAACAUGGUGUCAGAAGUGCUUAAACCGUCCAAUAUACUGAACAAAAAUAUAAAUGCAACAAUUUCAAUGAUUUUGCUGAGUUACAGUUUAUAUAAGGAAAUAAGUCAAUUAAAAUAAAUUCAUUAGGCCCUAAUCUAUGGAUUUCACAUGACAUAGGCCCACCCAAUUGGAAGCCAGGCCCAGCCAAUCAGAAUGAGUUUUUCCCCACAAAAUGGCUUUAUCCUGGGCUGGCGUGGUUACAUGUGGUCUGUUGGACGUACUGCCAAAUUCACUAAAACGACGUUGGAGGUGGUUUAUGGUAGAGAUGAACAUUACAUCUCUGUCAUAAACUCUGGGGGACAUUCCUGCAGUCAGCAUGCCAAUUGCAUGCUCCCUCAACUUGAGACAUCGUGUUGUGUGACAAAACUGCACAUUUUAGUGGCCUUUUAUUGUCCCCAGCACAAGGCGCAUCUGUGUAAUGAUCAUGCUGUUUAUUCAGCUUCUUGAUAUGCCACACCCAGGCGGAUGGAUUAUCUUGGCAAAGGAUAAAAUGCUCACUAACAGGGAUGUUAACAAAUUUGUGCACCAAAUUUGAGAGAAACAAAGCAGAGCCAGCGAUACUUUUUAAGGAGAUGGGAAUCGUAUUAACGUCCAUCGUGUACGUUGCCCAUGCAAUGUCAAUGGGCCGCGCGGUGCAUUCUGGGUGAUUCUGUGACAAGGAGAGCUCUCCUUCAAGGAGUGAAUUGGCGUCAAUUAGGCGCUUGCUCAAAAACCUAACAUUAGCAAUAAUUUCUUCAACAAGAAGUACAACAUUACAAAUAUUUUCCAAGAUGUGAAAUAAUUAACCUGCGAUCUGUUUUAUUGUAUAGCUUUGGAAUUGUGACGUUACGUACUUUCGAGGAAAAUAGACAGUUCUCAACUCAUACCCUGACUUUGAGAAGGGAUUAUGUGACGAUUAUUUUAGCAACCGAGUGACGCAACAUGACAACGUGAACGUGAUUUGUCAACAUUCUGCUGUGUAGGGCGUUAUGCGUUCUUUCAUUCAUUGCUCAAUGGGAUUCCUAUCUCCUCCUUUCUCUAACAUCUCUGGCAGAGCAGCCCAAGCAGAGCGAUCGAGUGACAGACAGACACAGAGGACGUUCUUUCUGAUUUCGGGUUUUGGGCAGGGCCUUAAAUUUGGCAAAAGCAAUCGGGCCUGUGUAGGGUAGGGCCUGAACGUCGCCGGCAUGGGUAUGGCUCAAAAUUAAUGCCUGUGCAGGGCUCUACUCCUAAUAGCGCCUUAUAGCUCUGCAUUGACAUGAUUGGUUGAUGGUAGGUGGGGGCGGGAGGACCUGUAUAAACACAAACUCACUUCCUUGAGAACAGCUCUGCUCCGCGAAGCGCAAGAAGUAUGAAUGCGCUGACUUCUGGAGGCCGCAUCGCAGUAAAUGCUUUACGGCCACUGCAGAUGUCGGAUUGACCAUGCAGAGCCGUUAACGCCUCAAGCCUCGUUCACAUUACCCAUAAGUACUCAGAUGUCAUGCAUUUCAAUGGAGACGUCCACAAGGGCGUGAAAGUGCAAUGCCCUCUUGUGGUUGAAGGCUCCGUUGCGAGACAGACACCGCAUACUUGGACAUUUUUCUAACUGCCUCGGAAGUUACCAAAACAGAGAGAUGAAAAAUGUGGUUUUCGGUGAUGGCUUUAUGGGAUAGCUAGCAACUUGUAAACAAUUACCCAUUCCAAUAAGUGAGUACUAUUUGAAUAGUAAUGUUAAAUAAUACACAUUGGCUUUUAAGUUAAUUAUGACUGUUGCCUCCGGUUUAAGUUUAUUGUGAUGGUAAUGAUGUUUGUUUUGGAUGAUAAUUGUUAGGUGGAGGUUGGUAGCUACAAUGGUAUGUUCAACCUAGCCUAACUUUUAGGUAGCUAGCUGCUCUGCAGUGCAAGCUGGCUUGACUUAGAGAAACAAGUUGAGGAAAAAGUAACUAAACAUGUUUUAUCACCUGAAACAACAAUAUUUAUCCUGUCUCGAAUGAAAAGGUCAUAUUUUGCAAUCUCCCUAAAUAAAUGUAAUAUCUGACGAGAAACAGGCUCUCCUCCAUCUCAAACAUCUGUUUUAUUACUUGUCCGUUCAGUAGCGGGGCAAGACUCCGUGAAGAUGACUUACGGUGUAAUGAAAUGCAUCACGAUGUGAACGGACCAACUUUUUAUUAGCAUUAGACCAGAACCAUGAUACUGUUUGACGUAUAAGUUUCAAAAUUAGUCAUGAAGAUUAGGCUAUUUUGUAGUUUUACAUGAUGCCCCGUUCACACAAAAAAAUAACAUUCCAAAUCCAUUGCCUUCACAAAAAGGUACAAAAACAAUUAUAUUAUUAUUAUUAAAACAAAUAACCAUAGUUUUCAAACCACUCAACAUAUAGGUCACUGAAAGUACAAUUCCAGCUCAUCACUACAGAAUUAAGCCAACAGUUAAUUUUUCAGCGCUAAUGUUAGAUGUGCCGCACUAGGCUGCGGUGCGUUCUGUAUCGCAUGCGUUCAAUAUUUUCUACGAAAGUACAUACAGACACCAACUAGCUAGCUUUUAGUGAGUUGAAAAGCGAAGCACGUGCGUCAAGUUUGGAAAAUAUCCGGUAAAACAAAACGUAUAUGCAUCUUGUGGACACCGGGCAUGACAUGCUUAUCAGACCACGUUGCAAAAUAAAUGUACACAUUAUUCAGUCAACUGCUCGCGGGCGUCUGCGUUGCCAGGUGCUAAAGUACAUUUACAUGUACAUUUUCGGCAUUUAGCAGACGCUCUUAUCCAGAGCGACUUACAAAUUGGUGCAUUCACCUUAUGAUAGCCAAUGGGACAACCACUUAACAAUAGUUUUUUUUUUUUUUGGGGGGGGGGGGGUAGAAGGAUUACUUUAUCCUAUCCCAGGUAUUCCUUAAAGAGGUGGGGUUUUAAGUGUCUUCGGAAGGUGGUGAGUGACUCCGCUGUCCUGGCGUCGUGAGGGAGCUUGUUCCACCAUUGGGGUGCCAGAGCAGCGAACAGUUUUGACUGGGCUGAGCGGGAACUGUGCUUCCGCAGAGGUAAGGGAGCCAGCAGGCCAGAGGUGGAUGAACGUAGUGCCCUCGUUUGGGUGUAGGGACUGAUCAGAGCCUGAAGGAACGGAGGUGCCGUUCCCCUCACAGCUCCGUAAGCAAGCACCAUGGUCUUGUAGCAGAUGCGAGCUUGAACUGGAAGCCAGUGGAGUGUGCGGAGGAGCGGGGUGACGUGAGAGAACUUGGGAAGGUUGAACACCAGAUGGGCUGCAGCGUUCUGGAUGAGUUGUAGGGGUUUAAUGGCACAGGCAGGGAGCCCGGCCAACAGCGAGUUACAGUAAUCCAGACGGGAGAUGACAAGUGCCUGGAUUAGGACCUGUGCUGCUUCCUGUGUAAGGCAGGGUCGUACUCUGCGAAUGUUGUAGAGCAUGAACCUACAGGAUCGGGUCACCGCCUUGAUGUUAGCGGAAAACGACAGGGUGUUGACCAGGGUCACGCCAAGGCUCUUUGCACUCUGGGAGGAGGACACAACGGAGUUGUCAACCGUGAUGGCAAGAUCAUGGAACGGGCAGUCCUUCCCCGGGAGGAAGAGCAGCUCUGUCUUGCCGAGGUUCAGCUUGAGGUGGUGAUCCGACAUCCACACUGAUAUGUCUGCCAGACAUGCAGAGAUGCGAUUCGCUACCUGGUUAUCAGAAGGGGGAAAGGAGAAGAUUAAUUGUGUGUCGUCUGUGUAGCAAUGAUAGGAAAGGCCACGUGAGGAUAUGACAGAGCCAAGUUACUUGGUGUAUAGCGAGAAUAGGAGAGGGCAUAGAACUUAGCCCUGGGAGACACCAGUGGUGAGAGCACGUGGUGCGGAGACAGAUUCUCGCCACGCCACCUGGUAGGAGCGACCUGUCAGGUAGGACGCAAUCCAAGAGUGAGCCGCACCGGAGAUGCCCAACUCGGAGAGGGUGGAGAGGAGGAUCUGAUGGUUCACAGUAUCAAGAACGUGGUUCUAUUUUAGAUGCUUAAUGCGCUGCAAGUCCUGGCUCUCCCAUCUACUCAUGGUUUUUCGAGCAUAUAGCCACAUGUGUGAUUGAAAGAUGAAUGAGGUCCACACUACAGUUGGUGGCGGUAAUGCAUAUAAAGAAGAAUGAACGAGGAGAGAGUCAUCAAAGAAAACAAAAAAACUAAUUAGGUUUCUCCUUUUAACUCUGGAUUAAUUGUUGGAGUAGCGAACACACGAUUUUGUGCGACUCAAAAUGGGUCAGAAUUCUACAAAGAUCCAGCAAAAAAAGGACCAUAGGCAUUUCAGGUAAAAUAACAACCCAAUGUGUAUAUCUCAGGACAAAUUAGCUAGCAACAGCAAGCUAGCUAAAUAUCAUUGAAUGUUAAAUGUCUUCCCAAAUUAAUAUAGUUUGUUCACGGUUGGAUUUGUUAUUUCAACCUGCGUGUCAUUAACGCUUCUGGUGAGGAUAGACAAAAUCAACAUGCGCAUGAUGGUGGACGCACGCGCGGAGCCGGUUUGGUCAUCAUGUCGUUUAUAUCAGCGAGAAAUAAUUUUAAAAAACCAAAAGGUUAAAAUGAAGCACACCUUUUUAUAGGGUUAGGGGGCGCUUGUUUACGGAAAACAGACGGAAGGCAGAGUGGACUACCUAUGCUAAUUUAGCUAUCUGCGUCUCCGAAUACGGAAGAUGGACGCCACAAACGUGUUGUCCCUGAAAAGUACUGUGUGUGCAACUUAAAACCGGUUAAAACAGUGUACAGUAAGUGUGUAUUUUGCAUUUGUGUAAUUAUUUUGAUGUGAUAUGAAAGUAGAGGGAUUUAUGUUUCUAGAACCGUACUGCAAUUGAUAAUCGAUUCACGUUUAGAUGGAGCAUUUGGCUGUUUUGGCUUCCAGAGCAAAUUUGCCCAGUAAAAAUAACAUGUAAGGUCCUUGGACUAUAAGGAGUAACGUUAGGCUCCUUUACUCCAAUAUUGGGCUACAUAUUCCUUAUGUUAUAGCCCUAUGGGCCUUGGUCAGAAGGAGCACUUGCACUAUAAAGGGAACAUGGUGCCAUUUGUGAGGCAUACCUGGGGUGUAUUCAUUAUGCUGAUUCUGUUGCAAAACAUUUCUUAAACAGAAGCAAACGGGGAGGGACUUAGAUUAAUUUCUCCAAUAGAAACUCUUGUUUUAGUGUCAAAUUGUUUGGGCUAAUGUUUACACCCAGAGGUUAAAUUGGGCCGGGUCCCGCCGUGUCUGAGACACAACACCUAUGAUCCAAAUGAGAGCCAGGUGGAGCUGAGACCAGGUACCUUUCAAUAUUUGAAUUAUGUCCACAUUUUAUUUUCUACAGCCAACAGCACGAGUAAGCAACAGCAAAAUCAGACAACCCCAUAGUAGAAUGGUUUACCUAUUUAAUUGUUCAGCAUGUCGCAUUCUAUGCGAGAAAAUAAUAUUCCUCUCAAGGCGCAUUCAAAUUACGAAUGCCUUACAGGGAGAGAUGUGCAUGCCCAGUCAUUGUAGCCUACAACAUUCUUAUUGCAGUUGCGGGAAAACACACCUUUGAAAGCAGUCUUGAUGGCCACUGUUAAAAGAGGAUCACUGAGUUUUCUAGUGUUACUAGGCUACACUUAUUUUGUAGACAAUAAAGCUGAACGUUGAAUGUUGUAGGUAUUCCGCCAUGAUUACAAGUUUAGACUAAUUUACCAAUAAAACAAUUGUUAGCUGACAUGGCUAAUUGAGUGACUGUCAGUGACUGACAUAAGAGAAAAACGGCUGUUGCACAACCAGAUUUUGAAAUUGCAUGUUGUGCAUUCUACUACUCUAUCUAGCUCCUAAUAUAUACAUACAUACAGUGGGGAGAACAAGUAUUUGAUACACUGCCAAUUUUGCAGGUUUUCCUACUUACAAAGCAUGUAGAGGUCUGUAAUUUUUAUCAUAGGUACACUUCAACUGUGAGAGACGGAAUCUAAAACAAAAAUCCAGAAAAUCACAUUGUAUAAUUUUUAAGUAAUUAAUUUGCAUUUUAUUGCAUGACAUAAGUAUUUGAUCACCUACCAACCAGUAAGAAUUCUGGCUCUCACAGACCUGUUAGUUUUUCUUUAAGAAGCCCUCCUGUUCUCCACUCAUUACCUGUAUUAACUGCACCUGUUUGAACUCGUUACCUGUAUAAAAGACACCUGUCCACACACUCAAUCAAACAGACUCCAACCUCUCCACAAUGGCCAAGACCAGAGAGCUGUGUAAGGACAUCAGGGAUACAAUUGUAGACCUGCACAAGGCUGGGAUGGGCUACAGGACAAUAGGCAAGCAGCUUGGUGAGAAGGCAAUAACUGUUGGCGCAAUUAUUAGAAAAUGGAAGAAGUUCAAGAUGACGGUCAAUCACCCUCGGUCUGGGGCUCCAUGCAAGAUCUCACCUCGUGGGGCAUCAAUGAUCAUGAGGAAGGUGAGAGAUCAGCCCAGAACUACACGGCAGGACCUGGUCAAUGACCUGAAGAGAGCUGGGACCACAGUCUCAAAGAAAACCAUUAGUAACACACUACGCCGUCAUGGAUUAAAAUCCUGCAGCGCACGCAAGGUCCCCCUGCUCAAGCCAGCUGAAGUUUGCCAAUGACCAUCUGGAUGAUCCAUAGAAGGAAUGGGAGAAGGUGAUGUGGUAUGAUGAGACAAAAAUAGAGCUUUUUGGUCUAAACUCCACUCGCCGUGUUUGGAGGAAGAAGAAGGAUAAGUACAACCCCAAGAACACCAUCCCAACCGUGAAGCAUGGAGGUGGAAACAUCAUUCUUUGGGGAUGCUUUUCUGCAAAGGGGACAGGACGACUGCACCGUAUUGAGGGGAGGAUGGAUGGGGCCAUGUAUCGCGAGAUCUUGGCCAACAACCUCCUUCCCUCAGUAAGAGCAUUGAAGAUGAGUCGUUGCUGGGUCGUCCAGCAUGACAACGACCCGAAACACACAGCCAGGGCAACUAAGGAGUGGCUCCGUAAGAAGCAAUAAAAUGCAAAUUAAUUACUUAAAAAUCAUACAAUGUGAUUUUCUGGAUUUUUGUUUUAGAUUCCGUCUCUCACAGUUAAUGUGUACCUACGAUAAAAAUUACAGACCUCUACAUGCUUUGUAAGUAGGAAAACCUGCAAAAUCGGCAGUGUAUCAAAUACUUGUUCUCCCCACUGUACAUACACGCACGUAUUUGGACACACCUUCAAAUGAGUGGAUUCGCUAUUUCAACCACACCCGUUGCCGACGUGUAGAAAAUCGAGCACACCGCCAUGCAAUCUCCAUAGACAAACAUUGGCAGUAGAAUGGCCUUACUGAAGAGCUCAGUGACUUUCAACGUGGCACCGUCAUAGGAUGCCACCUUUCCAACAAGUCAGUUCGUCAAAUUUCUGCCCUUCUAGAACUGCCCCGGGCAACUGUAAGUGCUGUUAUUGUGAAGUGUGAACGUCUAGGAGCAACAACAGCUCAGCCGCCAAGUGGUAGGCCACACAAGCUUACAGAACGGGACCGCCGAGUGCUGAAGCGUGAAAAAACGCCUGUCUUCGGUUGCAACACUCACUACCGAGUUCCAAACUGCCUCUGGAAGCAACGUCAGCACAAUAACUGUUAGUCGGGAGCUUCAUGAAAUGGGUUUCCAUGGCCAGGAAGCCGCACACAAACCUAAUCUGGGUUUGGCGGCUGCCAGGAGAAUGCUACCUGCCCCAAUGCAUAGUGCCAACUGUAAGGUUUGGUGGAGAAUAAAUAAUGGUCUGGGGCUAUUUGUCAUGGUUCGGGCUAGGCCCCUUAGUUCCCGUGAAGGGAAAUCUUAACGCUACCGCAUACAAUGACAUUCUCUAGACCAUGCCUCUAUUCCUCUCUAGAUUUCUCUUUUACUGAAGUUUAUAGCUGCUGAAGUGUUGUGGGCAUGCGUUGUUGAAAUAAAGAGUUAUAAGGAUGGAUCGAUUCUGAAUGCACUAAUGACAACAUUUAUUCACAGCCCUUCCAUUAACUGCUGUGGCAGUGUCUGUAGCUCAAGCACUCGUUAUGAAAGGUACGUUUAAUGUUAAGUCCAUUGAAAUUGUAAUUAAAAUAUCAGCCUCUAAUGCCUUUCAUUGGAUUUUACUUUACUUUCUAUCUCUCCCUUUCAGGAGUCCUUGCACCCUCACCACGAUUUGGUUCCCUGCCUAAAGUAGCUAGUAAGUGAAGGCUGAAUAUGAGGCUUGUCAGUGUCCUGCUGGAAUUCAAAAUGUAAAUGUACCAUUGUCAUGUCUUGGGAAUAUUCAUUUUUGUGUGUGCGUGGUGUCUAUUUUCAGUUGCUGGUCUGUUUGGGUACAUUGGCGGGAAGAUCUCCUACACAAAGAUAUGUCAGGAGAAGUUCAAAAAUCUGGAGAAUUCCCCAUUGGGUGACGCCCUAAGACAAGGACAACGUCAUAUCCCUCAACAGUCAGUAUUGCAUCUAAUCCCCCUCCCCCAUUGUGGUAACUGGUUAUUGUUUUGACAUCUUACCAAGUUACAUUUUCAUUGGAACCAGGUUUGCUCCUAAGAACCAGUCAGAGUUGGGAGAUCCUAACCAGGCUUAUUUUGAACAAGCCUCCCAGUCAGUGGCGGAACCUCGCGCUCAAGCAGACUCAUUCAGCUACCCUAGUGACUUCUCCUAUAGUGAUCAGGCUGCUCUUUUGAGCCCUCCCAUCAGUGAGUCUGGCCCCACAGGAGCUGCAGCUGAUGUUAACCAACCAGGUAUGGACAUCAGGAUUAGCAUGUUGUGGUUACAGACAUGGCUAAUGCUCUCUCACUCAUCCUUGUUUUAUUCACAGAACUGUCUUCAAGCUGAAUGUAAUUUAGUUGAAGUAGAGAGAACAUUUGGGAACAUUAUCUCACUUUUGAAUCAACAGAUUUUGUAUUGGCCCUGGCCAGACACCUUGAAUGGCAGUUUGCUCUGAAAGGUUUCCUCCCCUCACUGCCUUUUUAGUCCCUCCUUACUUGGAUGAUGAGACUCCCAAAAAGAGACCAAUCCUGUACGAGGACCUACGAAGCAGAAACCGAGAGAACUACGAGGUUACCCUGACCCAAAAGGCAGACACUUUGCUCAAGUCCCCGGCUGAAACACCUGUUCUGAAGAGAGAUGGUGACUCAUUCCCCACAGUGAUCUGUUAUUGGGGCUAUUUACAUAUGGGGCUUACAAUGGUGAUAUGACCUGUCUAUAUAGGUUAUUCAGUGUGUCAACAGUGCUCACAUACUCAGUGUCUUUGGCCAUAGCAGGGGGUCUGUAUCAAGGAACAUGCUAAGAUACGCUAACAUUUGCUUUUUAGAUUGUAGCAAUAAUUAGCAGUGUAGCCUUUUAUAAUUGUUGAAUUAAACAAACACAUUAUUCCGGGUGCGUUAGUGAACUACAUUGCAUAGACAUGUCUGAUUUUUUUGUAUGGUUAUUUUGUCUCCACAGUGAAAAAGAACCAAUAUGGAGAUGCAUGGGACGAGUGAAGAGUGUGCUUCAGGAGCCGGUGAUCAGCUGCAGUACCAGGAGAAGAGGGCACAUGUAGUAUACACAAGACCUCUGCUAUUUCUGCAAUCAUGCCAUAGAAAUCUGAAGAACACAUACAGUACGUUCCCAAAGUGAUCAAUGUCAAAUCAUAUAUUGUCAAAAGGUUAACAUGAAUAGCAGCUUUCUAGAAUUGUCCAAUUCAAUUGAAUACAGCCAACAAGCUUACCAAUAGCCUGUGUUUCAGUGGAGGCUUCUGAGGGGAGGGUGGCUCAUAAUAAUGGCUGGAAUGGAGUCAAUGGAAU